AUGAAAUUCAAACUAGGCACGGUUCCGAUAAUCUUUGUCGUAUUCACAACGAUUAAACCCUCUAUCGCACCCGACCCAGUCGGAUUGGGCAAGCUCAAAAUCCCGAUUACCGAUUAUCGUAACUGGGUAACUGAGAACGCCGCAACCUUCAGCGAUAUCUACGAUAAACUCCGAGAGUUCCUUCAGGCACGUAAAGAAACAUGUGCGAUCUCGACCGCUCCUGAAUAUGGCACAACCAAUGCGAACCCUGACACCACCCUCAAACAUUAUCUCUCUGCUAUUAAGUACUUACACGACGAAGUCGAGCUCGCCCUAGGAAUCGCCAAAGGUCAACCACCUUCUACCGAAGAUACGGUGUUAGUUACUCUGAUGCGUAGUUUAUACGACGGGGAAACAUGGGAAGAGGCUAUAGGCGUUGCAAACGUUCUUUACAACGUGAUGAAUAUUGUUAACGAAGAUAUCCCGGACCUUAAAAGAAUGGAUGCUGGAAUAUCAAAUUCUAUUAAGCUACCAUCGGAACCAACCGACUUACCUGGGCAUUCUAAACAGGAAGUAGUAUCACGCUUUUUCACAGACGCGCGAUGGAGUCCAGCACAUCCAUACGGUACCGUUAUCCUCGCAGAUGCGGGGCAAAAAGAUCGAUGGAUAGAUACCUUUCAGACUAUUCACAACAAUCUCGACGCCGUGAGUAGCUUCAUCUAUCAAUUUAGCAACGACGCCUUGGAGGAUGGGAUGGACAAUCCGGCGUAUGCGGAAGUUUUAAACACCAAAGCCUAUAAUCCUAGGUUUGGAAUUGAAAAUGCAAGGCCGUAUACACUUAUUAAUUUAUUUAUGGAUGUUAAAGGAUGGUAUGAAUGCUGGGCGCAACCAGCAAGAGAAAUUAGUGAGCUGAGUGAAGGGGUGACCCCGGUACCUGGAUCCGAGGAGGAGGAAGUAGUAGGGAAAAUGGCGGCAAUGGGAAUCAGUGGCAAGGGCGGAUCCGAGGCGGCAUAA